CUCAGUUUGCAAUGUUGACGAGACUUUUUCUCAUAGUUUUCCGCCACAACGAGUGAAAAUGAGUAGUGGCACUAAUCAGAGGACUUUGUUUCAGACUUGGGGAGCACCCGUCUCUCAAAGCAAAGUCGCACAACCGAAAAAAGAUGGCAAGAAAGCCGCUGGACGGCGCAAAACAACCCCGAGCAACGCCGCACAGGUAACGUUAGCUACAGCACACCCUCCUCAAAAUCCUCUGUGGGCUCAGGUAGGUCAGGGGUCCACAUCCACAACAGAGAGCUCGGUGAGGACAGAGGAGCCUGCGUAUGAAGAUGAAGAUGACGACGAUGAUUUGAUGAUAGUUGCUGUCUAUGAAGCCGAACAGAACCUGCAACUUGGUGAUGCAAACUCUUUCCAAAAUGACAGCCCUGUAGCAACAGAGAGCACUGCCCUCUCUCCCGUCCCGUCAGGUGGGCAAUCAUACCCAGACUUCCCUGGCUUUGACAGCUCCUCUGCUAAGGUAUGGAUUUACCCCACCAACUAUCCCAUCAGGGAGUACCAGCUGAAGAUAUCAGAGGCUGCCCUGUUUCAAAACACACUGGUGUGUCUUCCCACUGGCCUGGGGAAGACUUUCAUAGCUUCUGUGGUGAUGUACAACUUCUACCGCUGGUAUCCAUCGGGGAAGAUUGUAUUCAUGGCUCCCACCAAACCUCUGGUGGCACAACAGAUCGAGGCCUGCUAUAAAGUGAUGGGGAUCCCACAGGCACACAUGGCCGAGCUGACAGGCACCACAGCAGCAAAGCAGAGACAGGAGAUAUGGAGGACCAAGCGCGUCUUCUUCCUCACCCCCCAGGUCAUGGUGAACGAUCUGUCCAGAGACACCUGCCCUGCCCAGCAGGUCAAGUGUGUGGUGAUCGAUGAAGCCCACAAGGCGCUGGGCAACCAUGCCUAUUGUCAGGUGAUCCGACAGCUCGGCAGCCAGACUCUUCAGUUCCGCGUCCUGGCCCUUAGUGCAACUCCAGGAGGAGAUGCAAAGGCGGUGCAGGCGGUGAUCUCUAAUUUGCUCAUCUCCCACAUUGAGCUGCGUUCAGAGGAGAGCCCAGACAUCCGGGCCCAUUCCCACCAGCGCAGCGUGGAGAAGGUGGUGGUUCCUGUGGGAGAGGUCCUGUCUGCUUACCAGGCGCGCUACCUGGAGGUGCUGGAGAAAUUCAUGUCUCGUCUGGUCCAGAAUCGGGUGAUGGCACACAAAGACUUGCGGACUCUCAGCAAAUACCAGAUUAUCCUCGCCAGGGAUCAGUUCCGCAAGAACCCACCACCGUGCAUCACGGGACCUCAGCAGGGAAUGCUGGAGGGCAUCUUUGCCCUUUGCAUCAGCCUGUACCACGGCUACGAGCUGCUGAUGCAGAUGGGGCUCCGGUCACUUUUCUUCUACAUCCAGGGGAUCAUGGACGGAUCCAGAGAGAUGUCCAGGGCCAAAAGUGAGCUGCAGAGGACUCCUACUUUGAUGGACCUUUACCAUGAGAUGGAAGCAAUGUUUGUGAAGCCGUCUGCUGGUCCAGAUGAGCCGUUUGUUUACAGUCACCCCAAACUGGAGAAACUGGAGGAGGUGGUGCUGCAGCACUUCAGACGAUGGGCUGAGAGCUCAGUGGAAAAUAAGGGUCCUCAGGAAGUAAGCACACGCGUGAUGAUCUUUUCGUCGUUCCGUGAAAGCGUACAGGAGAUCGCAGCAAUGUUGAACCGCCAUGCUCCACUGAUAAGGGUCAUGACCUUCAUGGGUCAAGCGUCAGCAGGGAAGGGAGUCAGAGGCUUCACUCAAAAGGAACAACUGGAGGUGGUGUGCAGGUUCCGUCAGGGAGGCUUCAACACACUGGUGUCGACCUGUGUUGGGGAGGAGGGGCUGGAUAUCGGAGAGGUGGACCUCAUUAUUUGCUUCGAUGCUCAGAAGAAUCCCAUCCGCCUGGUGCAGCGAAUGGGACGCACUGGACGUAAGCGGCAGGGACGAAUUGUCGUCAUCCUGGCUGAGGGACGCGAGGAGAAGAUGUACAACCAGAGCCAGAGCAACAAGCGCAGCGUGGACAAGUCCAUUAUCGGCAACAAAAACAGGUUCCACAUGUACCCCAACAGUCCCCGCAUGCUGCCUGAGGGAGUCAACCCCACCCUGCACAAGAUGCACAUUACCUGUGGCCAGUUUGACCAUCGGGAGAACAGCAGGCGGUCGGUCAGGGGUCGACGGUCCCACUCUGAGGGGCGGGCCUCACUCAUCCACCCUCAAAACCUGAUUCGGCAGGGCAGUGCGACGUCAGAUGGGUUUCUGAGCAGCGCUGAAUAUUCCCUCUGGGCGUCCACCAUGAGGCUGGAGGAAGAUGAAGCUCAUCCAACCCUGAAACAAUCACAUUUCGUGUCCCUACCCAGUGAUGUACCCCCUCAGGAGGCAGUUUCCAAAAGCGGACCACAGUCCAGAGAAUUGUCUCUGUGGGAGUGGAGGCACUGGCAGCACAAAGCGCUCCCUACCCAUGUCGUUGAUCAUUCCCUCCGCUGCCACCACUUCACAAAGGUGAUGGAGCUCAUAGACAGCAUGAGAGAGGAGAAUGAGGGGGAGUGUCGUUACGAACAGGAGCUUCUUCCUUACCUCCAAGAAAGGGAUGCUGUUGGACACGUAAAGAAAGGACAAAAGAAACCGAAGACUUCAAAGACCUGCACUAAAAUUGCCAAAAACAAAGCCAAACGGUCUCACUUGACGUUGUCCGACGAUGACGAGGAGAGUGGGAAUAUUCGAGGAAAGAGUUUAAUUUCCACAUUCGCUGUGACAAAACUUCCUGUUGAACAUGAUACCGAGGUGCCUUGUGAUGACAUCACAGAUUACCCAGGACCUGAGGCAAUUUGUCCUCUCCCCACAAAAAACAGCUGUCCAGAAUCUGACCUGGACGAUGACUGUGCCAUUGUCAAUAAUGAUGUCAUAAACUCAGAGCACACAGGUGGUGAGCCUGUAAAUUUUGACAGAAUUCCACAAUUGUUUACAAAAGUUGACGAAGACGAAGAUGUUGAACUUCAGGCCAUGUUCUACCUCCCCAAAUGGGAUUCAUCACCUCCUCCCUCCAUUGGUAAACUCCUCCCAAAGAGGGAUCAGAGUCUGAGGGUCAUCCUAGCCAACGUGGCGGAGCUCCUGUCCCGAUCUCCGCCGCCACCGCCAAGUGAAGAUUUAGACAUUGACAUGGCUGCUCCGUCACUUCCUCCCUCUCCUCAGCCGCCUCCUCAGCCAUUUAAGGUCAGCUUUACCCUGGAUGUGGACGACGACGACGACGACGAUGAGGUGAUGAUGAGUGAUGCAGACGUUGCCCCCCUGAGGGUGGACUCAAACAAGCUUCCCGUUGAUGAAGAGGACGGUGAAAUGCAUCAUGAUUGGCCUGGCGAGGAGCAGCAGAGCGUGGCAGCAAACAGUCCAGCCUGGGAUGAGGUUUUCGGGGAAGAGGAAGAAGAAGAAGAAGAAGAAGAAGUGGAUGAUGAUCAUGAUGUAAAAGAUGACAGCAAGGUGGCAGGUAAUGACGUUUUCAAGGAGGAACAUGUUGGUGAGGAAACUGAGAAGUACAAGGAAGUAAAAAGUAAGAAUGACGGGCUAAGAGAGGAGGAGGAGGGUCUCUGGGAUGAUGUGACGAAUGAGGAACUGUCAGACUUGACACAUGGCGGUGUGAGAGAUGACAGGGACUGUCGGAUAGAUGAGAGCAUUGAUCUGUUUGGGGAUGACGAGGCCUUCCUGCAGAUGACCAUCCCGGACAUCUCCACUCCUGGUGUCACACCCAGGACAUCCCCUAGUGCUGAGAAGAUGUCUUCACACACACAUACACCCACAGCUGAAAGCGCACAUAGAGAGCUGAUAACCUACAGCACUACAGAGACAAAACACACAGCAGCACCAAGUAAACCUGUAACAGACAGUUCAAUGACAGACUCAGCUCAUUGUAAAUCUACAAUCCCACAAGAUUCCAAGUCUUUCGAAAGCUCCCAUGACUACUUCUCUGUCAACUUUGACCUCGGCUAUUCAUUUGAGGACUCCGACGAAGCAGAAGAAGAGGUUGCACCUGCUCCCUGUAUGCCGACCUCUCCAAAGCAGGCCGACUCCGCAGCAUCUCUGCCGGCCGUCUCUAACUCUUCCACCCCCUACAACAUCUCCCAUGUACAGAGAAGGCCUCCACAGUCCAGUGAAUCCAAGAUGUCUACACCACAAAUGCUGUUAGAGCAUAGAAAGAGAGAAACGCCCUCUCUUCUGGCUUCGCCUUUGGUGUCUAAAGGUGGGGCACUCCCAUCUCCAAUCGCAUCACCAGGGGCAAGGCGGAUGCUCUUACCUGACCGCAGCAGGCCUCACAGCCUGUCUUUAGUCACCAGCUUAAAACGGAGACAGCUGGAGGAGGACUCUCUCCUUCCUGCAGAGUGCAACAACGACAGUGACGAUGACGUUGUGGUUCAUAAAAGAAGACCUCAGAACAAGGUCAAUCCCUUGUCAUCCCCAGAAAUGUCAAAGAUCUCCAGUGAAGUGGACUCCCCGUUGGUUGUGAGGAGGAAACGCACGACUGCACUUAAUACUUCUGAUGUCACGGAGGGCGAAGCUGUUUCUGAUGAUGAUUUCCAGAAUGAGUCUGUGUUCACACGCAGACCCACAGCGCCUGGAGCAGAGAGGCAACGAGUCCAACAGGGCAAAGCCAAGCAUCCCACAUGCCGAAAAGGGCGUCAGUUCCUGGAUGAAGAGGCAGAGCUGUCGGAGGAGGGGGCAGAUGUGUCGUCUGAUGAAGAGGAUGAAGCAGACCAGGACCUUGAAGGCUUUGUAGUUGAUAACAUGCACGUCUCACAGGGACUGAAUGACUCAGAGAUGCGCUGUGUUUAUUUGAAGUCGGUGAGAAGCCCUGCAGUCCAGGGAAAGUUCAAGAUGUCUUACAGAAAUCACCACAACAUGGACAUAUUUUCUCAGGUGCCUGAGAUGGAUGAAACGUACGCAGAGGACAGCUUUGUGGUGGGAAGUGAGGUGGAGGAGCUGGAGAGCAGUGAGGAGGAGGAUGAAGACAUUGAACUUAUGCCCGAGGACUCGUACGUGGAGGGGCGGCGGCAGUAUGCCACCAGACGGCGUGUUUUCCUGCACAAAGCCCGAGCCGGGGCCAGCACUAAGAGGACAGCUGGAUCUCCACCAGUGCAGAGAGCCGGGGUGAAAACCAAGCGCACCCGUGUCAUACGCAUCAAUGAUUCUAGUGAGGAGGAGACAGAGGAGGCUGGUGAGAAAAGAAGUCUCACAACAGAAAGGGGUGUUGCUGACACCUUGUGGCCAAAGGCGGUACAGCAGGAGCCCAGCGGGCCUCAGCAGAAACCCAUUUCCUCCUCAUCUUCAACUAUAGCCUCCAAGGUCUCAUUGUUGAGCAAGGCACAGAGGGGCUCAGUGACAGAGAAUCAGCAAAAGGAGAGGUGUCACCAGAGGUUAGAGAAUCAACACCUGCUUUCUGAUGAACUAGACUUUGUAGAGUCCGAGUUGCCUUCAUGCUCCAAGAAACAACCACAGGUCCAGACGCCUCCCGCAACCUCCUCAGUUCCACAGACGUCCACAGCACAGGAUCCACCAGUCAAUGAGCCCCCUGCACCAUCAGGGCCUGUUUGCAUCUUGGUGGACAGUCGUUGCAUCAGCAGUGGAGUGGAGCUGAUGACCAGCCUCCGUCAGCGCCACGCAGUCACCAUCCAUGUCUGCUCAUUAGACGGCAGCUACUUCAUUGUUAGCAACCGCAUGGCAGUCGAGAGGCACAGCCAAUCGGAUUUAGCCUCGAUGCAGAACCGGAAGCGAUUGGUUGAGAGAGUGAACAGCUUGCAGGGGUUGUUUGAGCGGGUUUGUCUGGUAGUGGAGAAGGACCGAACCAAGCCAGGUGAGGUGUCGCGUCCGUUUCAGCGAACACGUUACUUUGACAGCACUCUGACUGCACUGGUGCGUACCGGGGUGCGCCUGCUGUGGAGCAAAGGUGCUGAGGAGAGUGCUGUCUUGCUGGCAGACCUGGCACAGCUGGAGCAGCGUAAAGGUCAGGGCAUCAGUGUACCGCUGGAGGUCAAAGGGCAGCACAGGGAGCAGGCCCUGCAGCUCUACUUGAGCCUGCCCUCGGUCAACUACGUCCAUGCCCUCAGCAUGAGCCACAACUUCAGGUCAAUCGCCCAACUCAUAAACAGCCCCAUUGAAGCCAUACAGAAGGGAGGCUGCAUGAGCCGAUCCAGAGCAGAGGAGAUCUACCGCUUCCUGCGCUACUCGUGUGACUCCUUCUUUGUGAACACAUCAAAAGCAGGAAACACUAGCUAGCAGCGUUGGAGAGAAACACUGUAGGAAAACCACAAACUGAAAUCUACUCCUCCUUUAUGUCUCGACUACUUUCUUUGCUUCAUUUCAGUCUCACCAGGGACCAGAGGACUACAGUUACUAUGCUAUGUAUAGUAACUGCUCUUUCUGAAGUUGUAUCUCAAUGCGAGGAUCGUGGUUCAACCUUCUUGCACAAUAUUUGAAGGGGAACAUCACUCAAUUCAUUUUAUGUUAUAUAAUACCACAGCUAUUUCCUUAAGACUCAUGUACAGGCACGAAUCCUGUCAGACAAUGUGAAGGCAACACUGGGAUCAUAAGAACAUGACACUUGAAUAACUUAUUUUUUGUCGAAAUAAUGAACACUUGUUUACAAAGCUACUGUCAAAGAUGUAAAUAUGGACAAUAUUUCUUUAAUAAACUGCUAUUUUUAUA